GUGGAGGGGAAACCCGCUGCUCUCUCCUCUUUUGCCUGCUUUUCACACCUCCUGCAGCUGCCACCCAAAGCUGAUGCAUUUAGCUGCAGCUGGCAGGGAGCUCAGCCAGGCUCUUGCAGAGUGCUCACAGCUCUUACCAGGAGCAGAGGCACAGGGAGGACUUGGAGCAGGGAAGUUCAAGGCUGGUUUGUACCAUAAACAGCUUAUCACUGCCACAAUGACAUCUUCAAGCUCUGCCCAGCAUCCAACAGCUGAGAACGCCUGCAGAAUCACUCUUGGACAAGCUAACCAGGUGCGACCCAAACUCCCUCUUCUGAAGAUUCUGCAGGCUGCAGGUGCCCAAGGUGAAACCUUCACCCUAAAGGAGGUUAUGCAUUACCUAGGACAGUAUAUAAUGGUGAGGCAGCUGUAUGACAAAAGGCAGCAACACAUGGUGUAUUGUGGAGGAGAUCAGCUGGGAGAAUUGCUGGGGCUGGAAAGCUUCUCUGUAAAAGAUCCAAGCCCAGUUUAUGACAUGUUGAAACGGAACCUUACUUCUGCUGCCAUGACAGAUGCUGCACAGAAUCUCGCAAAGGAACAGAGCGUCGAUAAGCCAAGCCAAGACCAGCUGAAGUUUAGCCCAAAGGAAGGUUCUGACACUGUCAUCGUGGAGGAUGAAAGCAAUGCAUCUGCUGUGUCUACCUCAGAGCACAAAUGUGAGAAUUAUGAAGACAAAGACUUAAUAGAAAACCUCUCUAAAAGCAAGAAGCCUAAACUGGACCUAGUGUUUGAGGAAUGGGAUGUAGCUGGUCUUCCAUGGUGGUUUUUAGGCAACCUCAGAAGCAAUUACAAGUCCAGAAGUAAUGGAUCAACAGAUAUUCAGACUAACCAGGAUGUAGACACUGCCAUUGUUUCAGAUACUACUGAUGAUUUGUGGUUCCUCAACGAAAGUCCCUUGGAUCAGACCAACACUGCAGUCAAAAUGGAAACAGCUGACUGCGAGGAAGUGAAGGAAGGUGACAAAAAGGUGACUGAGGAUGCAUGUUUGCAUGACUUUGAGGAUUCUCAGUGUUUAAGCGACGACACAGAUACAGAAGCUGCUUCUGAGGACUGCUGGCAAUGCACCAAAUGCAAGAAGUUUAACUCUCCAGGCAAACGGUACUGUUACCGCUGCUGGGCCUUACGCAAGGACUGGUACUCAGAUUGUCCCAAACUCACUCAUUCUCUUUCUCUGUCCAACAUUGAUGCUAUGCAAAAUGAAAACAGUGAUGAAGGGAUCGAUGUCCCGGACUGCCGAAGGACUAUUUCUGCUCCAGUUGGCCCACCUAAAGACAUGUAUGUGGUAGAAAACAAAUCACACGCAGAUCCCUGCGGCUCUAUUGAGUCCUUGGAUUUGGCACGAGAAUGUGAAAGCAGGGACUCUCUGUUGCGUUUCACUGAGCAUAAAAAGGAGGAAGAAAUACAGUCUUUAGAGAGUAUAAAAAAGUUACUGAAUCCUUGCUUCCUGUGCCAUCACAGACCGCGAGAUGGGAAUAUUGUCCAUGGGAGGACUGCUCACCUUGUGGCCUGUUUCAAGUGUGCAAAGAUGCUGAAGAAAAAGAGAUCACCUUGCCCGGUGUGCAGGAAAGACAUUGAGAUGGUGAUUAGAAUCUUUAUGGGGUAGUUGUGCCUCUUCAGGCAUUCUCUGCUGAAGGAUAGCACACACAUUUUCUUGCACUCUACGCAAACCCUAACUUCAGAGCUCGGAGCAUGAAUACCAAAGACAAUUAAGGUUCCAAACUGACCAAGAACACAGAAAUCAACCCUGUAUGUCAUACGAAGCAGUGUCCAUUUCUGCUAUCUACUUCAAUGAAUGCCUGUGGGGAGUGGGGAGGGACCAGCGUGUUGGUAUUGAUGCCCUAGCUUUGAAAUUAUCCAAGUCUUUUAACUUGAGUUCAGUAGUUUCAGAAGGUCUCUGUUCUGAUGACUGAUCCUUGCAGAAAGCAAGUUUUGGAGAGAGUUAUGACUUUGGCUGUUGGAGUGUUCUCCAGAAAGUCAGACACUGUGCAAUGUCUUCUAAGGAAAGUGGUGGGUGGGAAGGAUGGGAGGGAGGGGUAGGUGAAGAGGGUUGUGAUUUACAUAAGCCAUUUCUCCAAGGAUCAGUUCUCAUGAAGGCAGUGAGAAGUAAAUAGGCAGGUUUCCAAUCAUCCCUUUUUUCUUUUUUUUUUUUAAUGUGUGUUAGAUAAAGUGAAAGUCCUUUGCGCCCAGACUUGAAGUAAGUCCUCUCAGACUUCUAAUUUGUAGCUAUCUCAGGUCAUGUACCAGUUGGCAGAAGAAUAGGGUGUUAUAGUAUGCUUUGUUAUUAGAUCUUUUCGUUUGUAUUGAUUCUUUUUUUUCAUUCAAGUACACUUCUGUGUCAGCUCUAUAGCUUUGUUGAAGCCUGUCCAGGUGUUAGGUCAGAAUCUGGUGUGCCAACUGGAUUAAAUCAUAGCAGCUCUUUGCUCAUAGCACCAGUGCAACUUUCACCAUUGCUUCAUUUCAUCAGGUCAGUCUAGAAGAUGCAUCACUUUGUGUUAUGUGGCUUUGCAAUCAGGAUACAGGCCUUUUUGGGGAUAAAAACAGUCCUGCAAAGCACUGAUUGCAGCCAGUGGGCUGUGUUUAGUGUUCGCUCUUUGGAGUUUUCUCUGCUGAUAUUUUUCUUACCCUGUGAUUUAAUGCUUCAAAUCUGUUUCAGCAGAUUUGUUCUGUCUGUCCUUGAAAGCUACCCAUGUUUGCUCUGCUGUUUGUUAAAACUCUGUUAGGACUUGCAGUUUAAACAUGUCUUACUCUUUUCUGAGAUCAUAUGCUAGAGUGCUCAGCUCUUCCUCCUCUUGUUUCCCUGGUGCUUUGUGUUCAGAGUACUACCCCAUGGAGAGGACCUGUGCUCUCAUAAGUGGAAGGCAGGCAGGUGCAGUCCAGAAGCAGGGAGGAAUUCAAGGGGUGUAAAGGCUUGGGGUUCCCAGAGAGCUGCCUGCAGGCAUUUAGGUUGCUCGGAGAUCCCUGUACUCCUGUUCCUCUUCCAGCAUUCCCCUCUGUGUAUUCUGGACAGGGCAGAGGACUUCAGAGUCAAAGGGAGAAGAUGGUGCUGUGGGAGAAAGUGCUGAGCAUAACUUUCAGUUUUCUAAGUCUUUAUUUAAAAUGUAAUGUUAGCAAACAGUCCUGCUAUGUUUCUAUUCUGGGUUCUCUGAUGUGAGCCGAGAGGUGGGGGAAGGCAGCUCUCAGCUUGUUCUUCAGUGCUUUGAAGGCCUGUAUCCCGUAGCAAUAGUGCCUUCCCCUCUAGCUUUCAGUAGACAGGCACUUGAAUUCAGUCCAAGCAUGUAGGAUGUACCCUGUUUUGUCACCUUCUGCAUGAUUCCCUCUCCAAUCUAGGAAGUGUUCUGCAGAUAGAAGAAAAGAAGGUAGUGUUUAGAACUCAGAGCUUCUCUAGGCUGUCUCCCAGUUGUUUUUCACACUCCUUGUGCUGGUCCAGUCCUAGCAGGUCAGGUGUGCAAUGGAAAGCCCCAGCACCUGCCUGGCUGAAGGUCCCAGCAAUCUCUUAUGUCGGAGUUGUUUCUGUGCAACGAUAUUGGAGUAGGUGCUAUAUGCAGUCACUGCCAAAAGUCAGAUCAAUUUUAUAUUUUACAGAGUAUUGUGAUUAUUUCUAUGUUGGUUCUUACUUAGACUAUUAUUGUUGGCUGUUAUUUACAGCUGUGUUGUGUAAGAGGAUAAACUGUCUGACAUUUGCUGCACUAUCUGAGUAUAUGGGAGGCAGUCCAUGUGGAAAAAUAUACUUCUUGCUCCCCUAACUGAAGGGCUGUUCAAUGCAGGCGAUGCACUUUAGUCAUGGUAAGCUCAGCAACGUUAUCUCCUUGAAUCACAGAAGGGAGUUCCUAUCUGGUAGUUGCUUCCAUUUUCAGAUAGUUUUUCCUUUUUUUAAGGAGCUUGGGCUUGGGCAGUGUGCAUUGUGGCACUCUGCAGCACUUCUGAAUACUGUGAAUUCUCCCUCCCCCCCCCUCCCCCAGUUGCUUCUAAGAACAAAAUAUUUUGCUCAAAGCAGCUUUACCGAAUUGUUCAGGUAUGGCUGCACUGAAAAGCAAUUUGUGUUGACCAAACAAAUGUCAGGAGAGUGUAGGUUCCUGCAAUGGGUUGAAUAUCCUUACCAAAAUCCUCCUGAGAUCUGUAUGCAGCUUCUGUUGUUAAAUUAAAAUGUUUCAGGUUGUGAUAAAGAAAUUGAAUCUGUGGGAUAAGCUUUAGGGUAAUGAUCUUCUGAUCUGUGACUUUUCCUUGAGUGUAACCACGUUGUUUACAACAUGCUUUUGCCAAGUUCUUCAUUCUUUUUAACUGAAGUAGUGCUCAUGAUGUCGAACAACGUUACAGUCGGUCUUCCUUUCUCUAAAGAAUAAGCUAUUGCAGUGCAAGUGGAGCUGGGGUGCCUGGCUUGUGGCUAAGGCAUAGGGUGGGUGGGAGGGUUGUAGUGAGGGAGAAAGAAGGAAGAAGAAUGUUUUAUUGCUUUAACUGAAGUGUGAGGCUAAAUGAGGUGGAACUCAGAAAGAGCUGCUCUUCAGGUGGUGAUGUAGGGAGUGCAGGCUGGAGGAGCAGGUUGAAGAAGUAGCUCAGAGCACUGGGUUGUAAUAUUUCCUUUGCAGUGCCAUGGGUGCUAUUAGUUUCCUUUUCCACCUGUGCUUUUUGUUGGAGGUGGGGGUUGUCAGUGCAUGUUCUCUGAAAUCAUCCCUGGCAUCUCAUUGUGUUUAACAGCUCCCUCUCUCAGCGUGUUUUUCCUAAGCAGUGCAAUAGGGCAGAGGUGGUCUGUGGGUAAGCUUAGCAGUGUUGCUGCCUGUCUGUUUUAGGAAGGGCUGAGCACAGCUGCCUUCCAGCUGUCAGAUCAGAAAGGUUGCUGUGUUCUUCAUUGGCUGCUGGUCCCCAGGAACCUGCUGACAUCUCAGUGUGAGUUUGCUCCCAUGCUGGGCUUCAUUCAUGAGAUCCCUCUGCUUUUCAGCCAGAAGUUCUGGCACCGGCGCACUUCUUCAGUGGAUAUUUAAACAGAGUGUGGGAUCCAUGAAUCUGUACAGUGCUCUGCAGUAUGGAUCCAUGUAUUCACCUUCCCUCUGUCUUGACAGCUGGAGGUAUACACGCUGCAUUCCUGCAGGUCUUCCCAGUUUAAGUGCCUCUUUGCAGUUACUCCCAGUGACUUUUGCUUACUGCUGCAGCUCCCUUACCAGCUGUUUGCUCAGUUGUCUGUCCCUCCUCUGCUGAGCUAAAUUAUUUAGCUGAAUUUAUCAUUGCCAAAGCUGUGACUGAGGGGGAACAUUUGGAGCAGCCCCCAGAGUGCUUGUUUCUUCUGAGUGCUGGGCCUUUCCUUGAAGACAGUAAUGAACUUUCUGCCUCUGCAUUGCAUUGUAUUUAUUAAGAUGCACUUUUUAAGGUGCCUGAUGGGGAAACCAUGGUACAGUUUGCCAGUGUCCUCUCCAAUUCUUCUGCAUCUAGCGUUGAUUGUAGGUGAUACUGAGAAGCUGUCUUGGCAGAAAAAAAGUGGCUGUUGGACAAAUGGAAAUGAUGUGAGAACAGAGUGCUUGAAAACCCACGGGGGUAGCUUGCUUUUGUCUGUUCUGAGCUUUGUCUUCCUCUUCUGGAAGAGAAAUUAGAGGCUCCCAUUAGAGGCCUUUGGUGGAGGCUGGCUGUUCUGGGAGGCAGCAUGGUAAAGUGAUGGAAGAAGAGCCUUUGUCCUGGCGUGUUGUGUGAGGUGGAAGAAAUUCCCUGAAUCUUGUGCCAUCUGAACACCUGCAAGGAGAAUCAGGAUCCUCGAAAAGGAGGUGCUGCAAGGCUGUUCAGGAUCAAGAAGGACAUCUGCAGGUGGUGUGGGGGUGAUGAGCAGCGCGUGCUUGGAACAGCUCCAGGACAACAGAUCACCUCCAGGCAGCAGCUUUCCUGCUCUAGAAAUCUUGUUGUUGUUACCUAUCCAAAAUGGCUGGCAUUUUCCUUUUUCCUUUGAAAGUGAGACCACUCUGUAGCCAGCUGCUCAUCAGCCACAAGCUGCUUUAACACCUCUGCACCUUGCUCUCUGCACUUGUUCCUAUGAAUACAGACAGCUAUUGUGAUUGCAGCCCUGUUUUUCUGUGCUUUUACCCUGGUUGUGUUCAUUUACUGCCCACGUCUGUGUGUGAACACCACAUCCUGUUGCUCCAAGCAGGUGCUUCAGCAGCACGUGGCUGCUGAGCUCUGCAACAGCUUCAUCAUCUCUGUUUCAUAUAAGACAUAACCACCUUUUGAGGAUUGGUCCAGGAGGAUGCACGAAGAAGGCAGGAGUGUGUUUUACCUCUGGCAAAGAUGAUAAAGACUUCUUGUUGUGCAAAGUGUGUUCUCCUGCCUGCUCUCCCUAGCACACGUCUGCAGCCUGUGGUUCCUGAAUCUAUUUUUCUUAAGAAAAACUCCGUAUCUGAGUACCCACCCACACAAGCAGGAGCUCUCACUGAAUGACCUCUGUGUUUGCACUAUUUAUAAAAGGCACGUAGCACAGAAUGGAUGGCCUGUUUUUGUGUCCUGCGCCUAAUGAGUUUAAUUAAAUAAAGCACAUCAUUCUAAUGCCAA